GGGCGGAUCCGCACCCACGCUUCCGUCUUCGCUGUGGGCGGGGACAGUGUGGCUCUUUCAGCGUGAGAACCUUUGUCUCAAUGAUCUGUUGCUGAAAGUCUAAGUUCAGUCGUGAGUGUCCUACGAAAGAUCGCAUCGACUGAAGAAGGAACACGAUUUCCUCACCUACCUCAAAGAUGUUUGCCACCGCUACAAAAAACUUUGUAGAGGAGGUAGAUAAGGAUGGCGUCCUUAUUCCAGUGUCCAGUUUAAAUGACUCCAUUAAAAUAUUGUCAUUGGUUAUCAAGCGGAGGCGAUGCUGGUUCUGGCAGUAACCCAAAUAUCUUGCCACAGAUUUUUGUUUCAAUGACAUCUUAAAGGGUGACCAGCCGAUACUGCCAGUUCUCACAGAGACAGACUUUAUCAAGUAUAAUGGAAGAUUCAGUGACAACAUGCAGGGUAAUAUAGAGGCUAAUCUACACCCUGAAGCGGUGAAUCUGAGCGUGGAGGGGAAAGAUUCCUCAAAGCUCCGGUCGGCCUUUGGCAGUUUAAAGAAAGAAGAGCUCGAUUUGCAGAAACUACUUCGAGAUUCCAAAGACAGGGUCCUGGACAUGUCUCACAGUCUAAUACAGCAGACUAAAGAGAAACGCAGGGAGGUGUUUGGGGUGGUGAAGGAGAGGAUUGUGACGACCCAACCCUCCUCAGUCAUUGAGGAGGUCCAACAGACUGGAGCUCUAGGAGGACUGCUGAGCCUCUGUGGGCCCAAGGCCCUUAAGGUGUCCUUUAAAGAGAACGCCAACUUAGCUAAAGACAGCAAUGUGACCAUGGAGUUACCCCCACAUACAACCAUCGCUUAUGGGCUCAGUGAACUGGAAGUGAAGCCCAAUGGACACUAUGAGCUGUGUCUCAUGUCGGGCACUCAUGGGGGAUUUGAGGUGGAUGGAUCUUCAGAGGAACAAUUGGUUGGUGCCAUUGAUGGACACAAGAAUACAGCUAACAGUAACUGGCUCAAACAAGAACUGGACAAGUUGGGCAGUCACUUCCAACUGCUGUCAGGUCUCAAGGCCUCUACCAGAUCCUCACUGUUCCAGUACUUCUGCUCAGUCCUGAAGGAGAGAGAGGCGGUCAGUCUACUGGAGAGUGUGCUCAACCAGAUGCGACAUUGUGAGCGGCCCCCUCUGGACAGUGGUCAGGCUGACUCUCAGACACAGACUGUCCAGGCCUUACUUGAGGUCUUGGUGCUAUCUGGUGAGGAGAAGAGUGUGGAGACAGAGGACUUCAGCUGCACUCUGCUUGCUCUGCACCUCGUUAUCAGCGCCUUAGAUGAAAUGAGCGAUGACUGCCGUGCUGUCCUGGGGUCCUGCUGUACCCCCCAAGUGUUGAAGUCCCUGGACCUGCUGGUGCAGUGUGUCACCGAGGCUGGUGAGAUGUCUCUGAGCAGUGGGGACCUGGCUCCCCUCACUGGGGACACCUACCAGAGAACAGAGCUGCUGUUUGCCUCCUGCGGGGUGUCGCUGAAGAGGGAUGGAGAGCUGCUGCGGACAGAGGUCAGCCGCCAGCAGACGGACCCUACUCUUAUACUGUGUAUUGUUGUGAAAGGCCUCGCUGCAAUAUCUCACAGUGUUCAAUGCCACUUGUAAUCAUUUUAGUUACAUGUAUUUUGUUGAUUUUUACAAUGGUGGAUGUCAAUGUUUUCUAUGCAAAACAUGUUGCCCUGUUCAAUCUCAUUGAAAUGUUUAAUCAUUGUACAGCCCUAACAGCCCUAAAUCUGGGUAAGAACGAUGUUGUUUGGUGUCACCUGGCCCACAUUAUGCAACAUCAACUAAUUUAAAAAAGCCAAGAAUCAAGAGGGGAGAUUUUUUAAUAAAAUUUGUUGCCGCCUCUAA